CUUUUUACUGAAUACUUUUUAAUUUUUACUUUUUACUGAAAUGUAUUGGCGUGUGCACUAUAUAAGUCGUUCGUUUGGCUCCCCUAGUCAAUCGUCCUGCUCAGAGUCGGGAGAGGGAACGAUGUCGCUGACGAUUCAGUUUCCACUAUUGUGUGCGCUCUUAGCCUUGGGAAAUGCAGCGCCGCAAGCAGAGUCAGGUCCCCUCCCUUACGAAUCACCUCCUUAUCCUCCUCCUCUCUCUCCUUCGUAUCCCUUAGCUAGUCCUAUAUCAACACCUUACCCUAAUACAUACCCUCCUUCUUAUCCUUGCACGCAAAAGCUGACUAUGCUCUGCACGAAGACAUUUCAUGUCCCGUGUACUUACCAAGUGCCUUUCACGGCUAUUCAACAAGUCCCCGUUGUAUGCAGACGCGAAAUGCAAGCCCUUGCUACGUAUCAAGCUCCUGCCAUAGCUACGUACCAUGCCCCUGUGACGGCUACGUACCAGGCCCCUGCUACAACUGCCUAUAACGCCGAAGCCACAGCCACGUAUCAGGCACCCGCGACGACGUUGUACAAAGCCCUCGUGACGGCUGAGUUCCAUGCCCCCGUCACAGCCGUGUAUUACGUCCCUGGAACCGCUGUGUAUCACGUCCCUGCCACGGCCACGUAUCAUUCUCCCUCCACAGCCACGUAUCAUACUCCAGCCACAGCCACGUACUAUGCCCCUGCCACAGCCAUGUACCAUACCCCUGCAACAGCCACAUACCAUGCCCCAACCACGACCACGUACCAGGCUCCAGUCACAGCGACGUACCAGACUCCUGGAAUAGCCUUGUAUCAAACCCACGGUGUAGCCACUGUCCCCGCAGCUUAUGUGCACAACGGGAUCUGGCCUUUUGGCCACCAAGCAUCACCUUACGCGCCUAAUGUGGCGUACGGGAAGAAGCGCUGAGGUUGCUCCUUUGGCAUCGAAUAAUGAAGAAGGGUUUCACUUACUUUCUGUUAAUAUCGUAUAUCUAUCUCCGUAUAAUUACUCCUGAGCUGAAAUAGAUAUUACUACUGAACAAAAUUUAGCGAAAGAGGCAGAUUUUAGAAUGUAAAUAAAACAUGUAAUGCAUGCAAAAGAACAAAUACUGACAUGAUUAAGCGAAUAAACAAGCGAAUGGUUUAUCACGAUAAUGACGAUUGCACAUUCCACUUUAGAAAAAAAAAAAAAAAAUCAAAAUGUCUCCAUAACAACGAUUUUCAAACCGGUGAUAAGACAACGAGAGAUCGCAAAAACUCAUGGAGCUCUAUGCAGUUAGAUAACCGUUAGAAACACAUAAAAUAUGAGUUUUCCCUAAUUUGUUUGUAUUUACUACUUAGCAUAAACAAAGCAACAAAUAACAACUUUCGGACAGUAAUAACUACAUGGGUUUAUGGAUCUAAAUGUGUUUACCGCAUAUCCCAUAAAGUCAAUAUAAAGUAAAGUAUUAAGUUUAUGUUUGUAUAAGCUGCAAUACUUAAGUAAACAAACAAUUGUGGAAUUACAUGUGGAAGAAUGUUGCUUUUUCAGGUUAGUUAUAGUUAUAUUGAUUGUCAGAAACAGAGAAUGUAUCAUUUAACUUGCCAAACACAUUGUAACCAAACAUAUUGUAAUAAUAAUAUACGACUUAACGCUAA